GACCAGCUGCCAGAUGCCUCCGUCAAGGGUCGAGAAAAUCCAAAGAGUGGUGCUUGGCAACUGAGAAAAUUCAAAAUAGUGAUGUUGCUACAGUGAAAAGCCAUUUGAUAUAUGAUAUAAGCUAAGCCAGCUGCUCUUGUCUUCAACGAUCUCGUGUCAGAAGGCAACAGCCAACAGCCACGCCAGGCAGGCAGGCAGGCGCGGCGAUCCGCCCACCGCCCACCGACGAUUCUUCUUAUCCCAAGUGUUAGCACCAUCUUUAAAAGGGAUUUGACUUGGUUUCUCAGAGAAGACGACGACGACAUUGCCAUCAAUUAAUUCUGUAAUUAAUCAAUUGCCUUUUUGAGUACUCUCAACAAGCAUGGCCGCAGCCCGAAGAUCUGCUCUCUGUUGGUGUCUUUUGGUGGUGGCUCUGUGGUUUGGAAGAGAAGCUGCAGAAGGGGGGGAUGUGGCGGGCAUUUAUGAGCUCAAGAGAGGGCCUUUCUCCGCAAAGCUCACCAACUUCGGCGCCACUCUUCUCUCUGUGAUGGUUCCUGAUAGAAAUGGGAAAGUAGAUGAUAUUGUUCUUGGGUUCGAAACAAUCGACGAGUAUAAGAAUGACACGACCUACUUUGGGGCCCUAAUUGGCCGGGUUGGCAACAGGAUUGCAGGGGCUCAGUUCACUCUGAAGGGCGUUCGUUACAGUUUGAAGCCCAACGAUGGCAAUAACUCGCUACAUGGAGGUCCAAAGGGGUUUAGUGAAGUCGUGUGGAAAGUGCGUAGCUACAGGCCAGACAGCCAUGUUUCUUUCACUUAUCACAGCCAAGAUGGUGAAGAAGGAUUUCCCGGCGAUCUCGACGUUUGUGUGACAUACAUGCUCAUCGAAACAAACAAGCUGGCGAUCAAAAUGGAGGCCAAGGCUCUGAACAAGGCCACGCCGGUGAACCUCAUUUCGCACGCGUACUGGAACCUCGCUGGCCAUGACAGCGGCGACAUCCUGGGGCACAACCUUCAGGUCUUCGGCUCAAAGAUCACCCCACUGAACCGGGAACUGAUCCCCACGGGCGAAAUCGUGGGUGUGGAAGGGACGGCCUAUGAUUUCCGGCGGCCCUGCCUCGUCGGCAGCAGAAUCAACGAGCUGCCCGACGGAUACAAUAUCAACUACGUGCUGGAGAACACGAGCGGAGGGCAGCAUUUGACAAAGGCAGCCGUGGUGCAAGAGAGCAAGUCAGGAAGAAGGAUGGAGCUGUGGACGGAUCAGCCGGGAGUGCAGCUCUACACGAGCAAUGGGAUGGGAGGCGUGAAGGGGAAAGGUGGUGCCGUUUACAACAACCAUGCGGGGCUGUGCCUGGAGACGCAAGGCUUCCCUGAUGCAGUGAAUCAACCCAACUUCCCCUCUGUAAUUGUGAAUCCAGGGGAGACCUACAGGCAUGUUAUGGUUCAUAGAUUCACUGCCAAGUAGGGCGCAGCAUGUUGGUAGAUGAGAACCCGUACCCUACCUAGAUAUCGAUAAAUAAAAUUCUCCGGUGUUUGAGUAACAUAAUAAUAUCUAUGUUAGUCCAAUCAAAUAGAACAAAAUAUAGAACCCCAAAUAAUCAUAUAUGUAUGUGCUAGAGAGGAACUCUCAAUAAAGAGGUACUUUGAAUGAUUUAUCA